AAAUUAUCUCCCUUGAAUCAAGUUGUUUUACCAAAUUUAUUUUGUAAAAUGUUCCAGAGAUAAAAGAGACAAAAUAGCAACUCAAGAAAAGGAAAACUGUGGCAGUCAACAAGUGGUAUUUUUUGAGAAAUUUUAUAUUGCAAAACUAACUUAUUAUGGAGGGCACAAUGCAGAGUGCUGACCAAAAAAUGAGCCUCAGAAGUGAGUCACAACCUUUAGGAGGCAUACAACAUUCAGCUGAAUUACAGAUCUCACCGCCAAUAAGUGAAGACAUUAUCUAUCCAAGCAUGACAGGCAUUUCGGGUGUGGAGAAUGAGACAGUGGUACACACAUCCAGUAACACACAAACAUAUUCAAAUGCAUCUAUACAUGAAGCACCUGGUGAACAUAUAAUUCAAAAUUCAUCUCUAUCAGAAGUUCAAGGUAGUUAUGUUUCGCUCUUAGCUGACAUUGCAUCAAUUGAACGCAAUGAUGAACUUUACAGUCAAACAUCGUCUAAUCAAAGCACUUUAGGCAGAAAUCAGACAAGUGCCAUGAAUUAUGAACAAUCACCCUCAUAUGGUGAUAUGGAUGAAAAUAUAUCAUCAUCGCUUGACAAUAAUGCCUUGCUUAAUUAUGGAAAUUUAACCUACACAUUGCCAAGCAAUGGACAAACACAUCAACAGUUUGUGAUCCUACAAAACCCAAUUACUAUAAGUUCAAACAUUGUAAGACUGUUACCAUCCCAAAUGCCGGUACAUACAACAGAUAUUGAUGAAGACGUUACUGAAGAUAUGACUAGUGUAGCACAUUUACAAAAUUUGCAAAAUGACCAGAAUUUUCUUCAAAUUCCAAACAUGCAAAAUGAAAGUGAUAUGAACACUUCAGCCCAAGAAACAGCUGGUGCCUGUCUUGUGGCAGGAAAUAAAAUUGGAAGUAUGCAGAAUAUACAAUAUUUUCAAGAUGACUCUGCUAUUGGUACACAAAUAACAGUCACUGAGAGUGAAGCAGUCGACAAGAAACAAAAGAAAAAGCCAAAGAAAGUGCAGCAGUCCGCUUGUGAAAUAAAGAAAUUCACUGCUGAAGACCUCAAUACUGGUAAGACUGAGAAAGAAAUGUUGGAUUACUUUUUGGAACAAACUAAGAGUGAAACAAAGAAAAACAAGUUGAUAAAACAAAGAGAGGGAGAAAUAAAAAAGGUGAUAGUUGAAAAUAAGCCACAAUUGACUUAUUCUGACAAUACUUAUAAAAGUACUUUGGAUACAGUUAAAACUACCAGAGAUGACAAUAAUGUUUCUGAUCAAAAAGUUGAUGAACAAAGUGAGAACAAAAGACAUAAUACAUCUCCGAGUGAUGUUAUAAAUGAAUUAAAUACUGAUAGUACAUUAGGUGCUGCAGAGACAGAAGAAACUCAGAAAAUAACAGAUGAAGUGGAUAAUAGUGUUAGUGAUGUUACAAGUGAAGUUCAAAAGAAAACCAAUCAGUUGAAAAGGAAAUCAAAGACUUAUUCAAACAUUGAACCAAAACAUAGUAAGAUAGUCAAAAUGGACAAGAACGAAAGCAAAGGGACUAAUGACCAACAAGUAGAUGAUAAAAUUACUUAUGUUCCAAGGAAAACAUCCAGACCUAGAAAGCAGAAAGUAGAAUAUGUUGUUAGAGAAGAUACAUCAAAGAAAAAUAGAGUGUCAAAGAAAGUAAAGGAUAUGGAACAACAAAGUGAAGAAAAACAAAUUGUGAAUGAAAGAAUGGUUGAUGUUGAUUUAGAAAAACUUAUAAAUGUGUCAGAUUGUGAUGACAAAUAUAUCAUCCAUUUAUAUCCAAUGUCAAUUUUAGAUUUGUUACCAGAAACUGAAAGAGAUAUUGUUGUUGAAGUUUCAGUAGAUUCUAAAUAUAAUACCAAACCAUUUAGUUCACAAAAUACUAAAAGUAAUGGAAGUCUGUCAAAGUAUUUCUUAUCAAUACAUAAAGACACCAAAAGAACAGUUGCUAAAAGGUUGACGAGGCAAAGAACAAGAAAGGAUGCAAAACUAGAACAGUCGGAAAACGAAAUUGACAAUCAGGCCAAAGAAGAUGUAAAUGACUCCAUUGACAUGGAUAUUUGGGAUGAAUUAAAAAGCAAACAAAUUGAUAAUCAAGACAGUUGUGAAACUAAUACCCUAGUGAAACAUGAUGAUAAUCCAGUGAAGAAAGACAUUGCUGCGGAAACUAAAAUUGAAUCUGUCAUGAAGGAUGGAACGGUAGAUGAUGUGGAAACUGGUGGUCUACAGGAGUUGGAGGCUGAAGAUUUGAACACCCAGGGAAACACUGAGGGAACGAAGAGAAUAAAGAAGAGAGGAAAGCAAUACACUACUGUAACUAAUGAGGAUGGCAAACAGUUCAGCUGCCGACACUGUGUCUUUACCACUCCCCUCCGCGAGUAUCUCGCCAGUCACGUUAGGCAGUUACACAUGACGUCACGUCAUUACCAGUGCGAGACGUGUGGACAGACGUUCCGUAGCCAUGGCAACCUCGCGGCACAUACGCGGAUACACGUCGGCAACUAUCGCUUUCACUGUGAUAGAUGCCCGAGCAAAUUCACAGACCAGAGCAACUUCCUUCAGCACCAGCGGCGACACGAGGGAAUCAAGCUGCACGUGUGCGAUCACUGCGGGAAAUCCUUCGUGACUUCUUCAGAUAUGCGCAAGCACGUGCGCACGCAUACCGGGGAACACCCCUUCACUUGUGACCAAUGCGGACGGACUUUUAAGGACGGUAGUUCGUGGAAAAGACAUGUUAAGCUGCAUGAGACUGACAAGAAUGUGUUUGUGUGCUCUCUUUGUAGGAAAAGGUAUUCUAGAAUUGAUUUAUGCAACCAACACAUAAAGAAAACUCACGCAAACGAACCUCCUGGAUCCGUGACGUCACUAAUAUUAGAUGCGAAAACCGCCAGUUCCUUUCCGAGCGAGUCACAAACUCGUAGCAAAAAACAAAUGAGGUCUGCGCAGUCAAUACCAUUCGAUACCAAUUUUUCUCCAAGAGAAUCGAGCCUUCGUCAGACAUUUAAGAGUCUGACAGAAGUGGCAUCGCAAAGACUUAUUCAGGAAAAUUACGAGACAACGCUUCAUCCGUCGGCAGUCACUGACUUUUCGCAGCGGCCAUUUUCUGUGCAAUCAAUGACGUCAUACCCGCUGGUGACGUCGUUAGCAUCUUUACAGACGCAAAAUAUACCUGUGACCGUCGAUCCUUUUAUAUUCCAUCAGCCACGGAGAGAUAAUGUUAUUAGUUACUUUAUGUCAACACCAAAGACAUAACUAUAUAAGUAUCGUCCAUGUGUUUCCGGUGCAGAUGGGAACAUCCGACCCGAGGACAAGUUUUCAGGGGGGCAAUGUGCAUUCUGUAUUGUUUGAUUUGUAUGCGUGUGUUUUACUAAGAAGCGUAGCUUUUAUAUAAUAUUUAUUUUAGUCUUUUGGAAAGUAUACGAUGAAAAAGAUUGAAGUGUUAUGAUAGCCUGUUUGUGUUUGUGUUGUCGUUGUCGUGGCUUUGGUGUCGCGCGAAACUUCCAUUUUGGCGAUAACUGAAAUAGUUGAAUAUAUCCUCAUGAAACUUGGUACACAUGUUAACACGAACAUUGCGCGUUGUAGCAAGUCACAUAACUCUGGCUAAAAUAUAUUUUGACUAUGUCCCUUAGCUAACAAAGAAAAACGGACGAUCGUCGGCAUCCUCUGUCGGGGCUCUUGUCUCAUCUUAAUACACUUAUAUACAUGUAGACUGACUAACAACUUAAAAGUACAGCUUAAAAGUACGAAGUUAAGAUAGAUGCACAAAAAAAACGUAUUAUAUUCAAUGCAUUAAGAUGUUAAACUCAUAUGAAUUUAAUGAAAAAACAUGUGUUUGUGUACUUGGGGUACAGAUAAAAAAAUAUAAGCGAUGUUUUGGCACAGUUUUUAAAUGGGAAAUCAUUAGUGGCUACUAUCCUAUCAAUUGAAAACCAUUUUAUAAACACUAAUAUUUAUAUAUGAUAUGUUUUUUUUGUUUUGAUCAUUUAAGUCAGAAACGUGAAACAUAAUAAUGCAUUUUAGUUAAUAUGUUCCUUUUGUGCACCUUUCCAGACUUUGUAGCUUUCAACCAUGGAGUAUUUGAAAUCAGUCCAUGAGAUAAUUCGUGGGGGAGGGGGGUAGGGUAUACAUGUGCCAGUUUCAUUUCUUCAGAUUGAUAUUAUUAGAUCUCGGGUUUUAUCUACACCUGCAUUUUAGCCUUUUGUAUUUUUUUUGACUUUAUAACUCCCACUGACUCAUCCAUUGUUACAAUUUGAUAAACCUGUGCGAUAUAUUCUUCGUAAUCGUUUUGAAUAAUGUUUUGUUUCCGUUUAAGAUGGCUUAGAUUACUUUUUGAGGAAGUAAAUAUUU